CUCGCGUCCCCAUUACGCCGCCGACACCAACCGGUCUGGGGAGCGAGGCGCGCGCACGUCACUCACCUCGGGCUCAUUUCUUUCCCCUCGCGUCCAAGUGCGCUCGCUCUGACCGCCUGGAACCUUUUUCCCCCCCUUGUGAUCUCUUUUUAUAUAUAAAAAAGAAAGGCAUUGUCAGGGGAAGAAACAAAUUAAAGCGAUUGUGGAGAACUCUAAAAGUGCACUAACCUCGUCCCUUCCCUGCUGGAGCUGCGGCUAGUGACUGACUGACAGCUCGUGUGACCGUCAGUCGGUAGUGGGACGUUCAAGUGAGUGUCAACUUCCUAAGGAGGCUCCGGCCCGGCGUGUGAAGGAGGAGGAAGGACUUGAAGAGCAUUUUGAAGAGCCAGACCUCUCAAGACUUGUUUGAAUCGGCUUGCCUGACAGCGCGUGUCCCCGGACUUCGACGUGAAGGGCUGGGAGCAAACGCGGCCUGAUACAAGACUUCGCUACUUGGUGAAGAGUCACUUGGUUCCCUCUUCGUAGUCACUUGAGGCGCUGGAGGGCAGGAUAAUACUCAAGGGUGACCUGCGCCUGCCUCCUCCACCCCCUCCCUUCCUGCCUCCUGCACUGCAGUUCGGCCGGGAGAGUGAGUGCGGUGUCGCGCGCGUCCUUUCGCUGUGCUUUCAGUGAGGACUUGGUGGUACUUGACACUUUGGGUGACGACCUUCAUUCGGGAAGGGAUUCUUUCGCUUUCUGUAGAGACACGGGAAGGAUUGAGCCGCUGCGCCCUUUCGGAAAAGAAGCUUUCUUGCGGAGACACGGUCAGUGCCAUAAAGGGAAGUUUCUGCGUCAGCGCAGGAACCGUGCGAAGUCGGAAGAAGUUUUUCCUGUCAGGACUUCGCCCGCACAACACCCACCAUGAUGAUGUCCGGCAGCAUGCCACCCACGGCGGGGGGAAUGGGGGUGAUGGGCGUGAUGGGCGGCUACCUCGGAGGUGUGGGCGUGGGAAGGGAGUAUUUGGAGGGAGGUUCAGUGGGCGUUGACCCUUCCGUGUGGGUUCCGCCCUUCUGGGAAGACCCACACCUCUCAGACGGACACCUGCACGACCCGAACAUCCCCGAAGCCGCCCACAUGGGUGAGCCGCCCACCAUGGGUGAGGUGGGACCCACAGACCUCAUGGAUGCGUUCCCUCCACAAUCACAGCAUGACUACAUCAUGGGCGACUCCGUUAUCGUGAAGGAGGAGGACGGCCUCAAGGACGACUACGCGAAGUACAAGGAGGACUAUUUCAAGUACAAGGAGAACUACGCCAAGUACUCGAAGGAGGAAGAUUACCUGAAGGACGAGUCUCCGUACAUCGAAGGAGGAGGCGGAGGUGGAGGAGGAGGCGGCGACGGCGGGGGUGGAGGUGAAGGAGGAGGUGGAGGAGGAGUCGACGGAGGGAUCCAGAUGGUCGGCGCUGGAGGAGGACUCGUCGGGGUUGGAGGAUCACCCUUGACCUCGACCUCCUCCUCGAACACCUCCCCGUCGGGCAGCUCUCUCUCCGGGGGGUCGUCGGGUCCUCCUCUCACCUCCCCCCACGUGCAGCAGCUGAGCUCCCUGUGCCCACCCUUCCCCGAGGCCCACCUCACCUCCCUCUCCGGACCCAAGGACGACUCGGAUAAGAGCCCAGGUGUACGAGUUGGAGCGAAGGUUCAAGCAGCAGCGCUACCUGUCGGCGCCGGAGCGCGAGCACCUGGCGGGUCUCCUGAAGCUCACCUCGACGCAGGUCAAGAUCUGGUUCCAGAACCGCCGCUACAAGUGCAAGCGACAGCGCCAGGACAAGAACCUGGAGCUCACCACGGCCGCCGCCGCCGCCGCCGCCUCCAUGGCCUCCGUCACCUCCCCGCGCCGCGUCGCUGUGCCGGUUCUGGUCCGAGAUGGCAAGCCGUGUCCAGCUGGGUACCCGCCCACCUACCCCCCGGCCUACACGCCCCCUCAGUACUCGCCCCCUGCCUACCAGUGCCCCUACAGCGCCCAGACUUACCAACAGACACAGACGUAUAACCAGCAGACACUUCGCACGUGGUGAGGACGAGGAGCGGGGGUAGUAAGGAGGAGGGAGAGGAAGAGAGGUACAGAAGGGAUGAGAAGAAGGAAGAGAGAGAAGAAGGAAGGGAGAGAAGAAGAAAGGAGGAGAAGAGAAGAAAAGAAGAGAGAAAGGAAAGAAGAGAGAGGGAAAGGAAGAGAAAAAGAAAAGAAAUAGAAAAUGAAAUGAAAAGAAAAGAAAAAUAAGAAUCCUUAUGUGUUCAAUAAUUGAGAUUGCCGGGAAUGUGUUCACUCGUUGCGUUCAUCGUAGGAGAGAACAUGGAGGUAAAGGAAGAGAGAAAAAAACGAUUAUUCUUUUUCGUUGAACCUGAA